GUAGAGCAUUUUUGUAGAGAAAAACGACUAAGGAAAUACUUCUCAUUCAGUGCAAAGCCAGCGUUUGUGUUGACUGUUCAGAGUCCACGAACUCGGGCUUCUGUUGCAGGCUUUGUCAACCCCCCACACAUCUCAGUUUUUUACAGUUUCCCGGUUGCAGAGAAACAGAAAUGGCUUAUCACAGCUUUCUGCUUGAACCUAUCAGCUGCCAUGCCUGGAACAAGGACCGGACCCAAAUUGCACUUUGUCCUAAUAACCAUGACGUCCAUAUUUACAAAAAGGAUGGAAACAACUGGAACAAAAUCCAUGUGCUAAAGGAACACAAUGGGCAGGUGACAGGCAUUGACUGGGCUCCAGAGAGCAACCGCAUUGUCACCUGCGGUACCGACCGUAACGCCUAUGUGUGGACGCUAAAGGGGGACACAUGGAAGCCCACCCUUGUCAUUCUCAGGAUCAAUCGUGCUGCACGCUGUGUAAAAUGGUCUCCCAAAGAAAACAAGUUUGCUGUUGGCAGUGGCUCACGUCUGAUCUCAGUGUGCUAUUUUGAGCAGGAAAAUGACUGGUGGGUGUGCAAGCACAUUAAGAAGCCCAUCCGCUCCACCAUUCUGUGUUUGGACUGGCACCCCAAUAAUGUGCUGUUGGCAGCUGGAUCAUGUGACUUUAAAUGCAGGAUCUUUUCUGCUUACAUCAAAGAAGUAGAGGAGAAGCCAGCUGCGACAGCAUGGGGCUCUAAAAUGCCAUUCGGAGAGGUCAUGUUUGAAUCCACUGGAACUUCCGGCUGGGUGCAUGGCGUCUGUUUCUCAGACAGCGGGAACCGUGUGGCCUGGGCCAGCCAUGAUAGCACCGUAGCUGUGGCAGAGGGUGGCAAGACCACUGUAUUGGCCAAUCUGACUUCAGAAACCUUGCCUCUUUUGUGCGUGACCUUCAUUACGGAGAACAGUCUAGUGGCAGCUGGUCAUGACUGCUACCCAGUGCUCUUUGUCUAUAAUUCGGAUAAAGCCGCCCUAUCUUUCGGUGGUAAACUGGAUGUGCCCAAACAGAGCGCUCAGAAGGGCAUGACAGCCAGGGAGCGCUUUCAAAACCUGGAUAAGAAAGCCACCAGUGACACCAAAGAGGCCGUCCUGGAGUCUGUGCACAAGAACAGCAUCAGCCAAAUUUCAGUUCUUGGUGGGGGAAAAGCAAAGUGUACCAAAUUCUGCACCACUGGCAUGGAUGGAGGAAUGGCUAUUUGGGAUGUAAAGACCCUCGAAUCUGCAAUGAAGGACCUCAAGAUUGUCUAAUAGUGCAACAGCAUACUCCAGAACAUUUUUUUUAAAUUACAUGCUUUUUGCCAUUUUCAUAGCUUUCUCUUCAUUUUAAAAAGAUAUAUAUUUUGAUAAACAGCCUUGGUGAUGUAAGGAUUUUAUGAUGAUAAGACUUAGAAAACAGGUUCUGGAUGAACCAAAAUGCUUUAUACUUUUACCUAAUUGAUAUGCUGGUCAUAAAUGCUUUCCUACUUGCAGGUACGUUGCUUUGAAUCUUAAGAAACAGUCUAUACUAAUAAAAAAUAUGACUGAU